CGCAGGUGGCCGCCGCCGCCUCCGCCUCCGCGGGAGGGGUCCGGGAAGCCCCUUCCUCGCCGUAAUCUCCCGUCUCCUGCGGGAGCGAGGCUGAACGGACUAGCCCCUCCCGCCCCCCGGGUUGCAAAGGGGCACCCCCGGAUUCACACGAGGUUCCGGGGGAAAAAAAAAACGGGUCGGGAGGCAGAAGAAAGGAGGAAAGGUGGAGUGAGAAAGAGAUCCCCACCCCUCCCGUGCCUUCUGCAAGAGCCAGUAGGCUUGCUUCUCCAGGCGAUUAAGAAAAUGUAUGACGAUGGAGGCUUCUUAAUUGCAGUGUUAAUAUCUGAUGCAUUCUGAGUCACUGCAGUGAUGAAUGACAUUGUUGUGGUCCGCCAGCAGCCUGUGGAGCUGGCAACGGAGUCGGACGGCGAUGAGGCUGAGGAAGAACAUGCCCGCUCGCAUGACUGCCUGGAAGCAGCUGGCAAAGAGGAGGCGGCUGAGAGGCUUCUCGCAGUUGCAUCAAAAAAGAAAAAGCCUUUUUUUUGGCUGCGGCAGCUGGCUGCAGGCUGCCAAAAACUACUGGAGGUCAGCUUGCUUUCCGAACUCCAGACCAGCCAUCGUGGGAGGAAGCAAGCCGGUGGCUGGAGAGAGGAGGUGCCAUUGGAAAAGUACUGAAUGGUGAUGCAGAAAAUUAUAUACUGGUAAAAAGUAUUCACCCAGAAUGCAGAAUGCAACAGGAAAUCUUUGAAGAAGAAAAGAAGUGUAUGGAACAUUUAAAGAAUGCCAAUGCAGUGAGUUUAACAGGAUGUGUUGGGAUCUGGGAUAACAUUACCUGCUGGCGUUCUGCAGAAAUUGGAGAAACUGUAACAGUCCCUUGUCCGAAAAUCUUCAGCAAAUUUUUCAGCAAACAAGGAAAUAUCAGCAAAAACUGUACAAGUAAAGGAUGGUCAGAGAUGUUUCCACAUUUUUUCAUUGCUUGUGGAUUGAAAGAUAUCGAAGACAACCCGGUUUUCUAUGUUUGGGUGAAAGCAAUUUAUACCCUCGGACACAGUGUUUCUCUCAUUGCUCUGGUCACAGGAAGCAUCAUUCUUUGUGUUUUCAGGAAACUUCACUGCACUCGGAACUACAUACAUUUGAAUCUGUUCCUGUCUUUCAUUUUAAAGGCAAUCUCUGUCUUAGUUAAAGAUGAAAUCCUCUAUUCCGACACUAGCACAGAUAAGUGUUCAGAUCAUGCUUCUUGGGUCGGCUGCAAGGCUAGCUUGGUAUUUUUCCAGUACUGUGUAAUGGCCAAUUUUUAUUGGCUCUUAGUUGAAGGACUUUAUCUCCACAUCCUCCUCAUGAUCAUGUUCUCUUCUAACAGACACUUCACCGCAUAUCUCCUUACUGGAUGGGGAAUCCCUACAAUUUUCAUCAUAAUAUGGAUAAUAACUAGAGUCUAUCUAGACAACAGUGGUUGCUGGGAUACAAAUGACCAUAGUGCUCCUUGGUGGAUUAUACGAGUACCAAUCCUAAUUUCCAUUUUAGUAAAUUUUAUCAUUUUCAUUAGCAUAAUAAGAAUUCUGCUGCAGAAGUUAAGAUCACCAGAUGUGGGAGGCAAUGAGCAAUCACAAUACAAGAGACUUGCAAAGUCAACGUUGCUUCUGAUUCCACUCUUUGGUGUUCACUAUGUGGUGUUUGCAGUCUUUGGCGUUUCUAACUACUACCAGAUGGUUUUUGAAUUAUGCCUGGGUUCUUUUCAGGGACUGGUUGUUGCAAUCCUGUACUGCUUUCUGAAUAGUGAAGUUCGAGGAGAGCUGAAAAGAAAAUGGAAGAGCUGGUGUCUGAAUGAAAGAAUGAGCCGCGAUUACAAAGUUCACAGGUCUUCUGUUUUUCCAAAUGACUCAGAAGGUGGACCCCAGUUGCAUCGCAAUUCGGCCACACAGUUUUCUUCUCAGACAGAAACCUCGGUGAUAUAAGUCAUCUAGGUGCCUACAGAAAAACUAUGGGGCAUGUCCCUGGGUACAUAGUUCAUUCAUUGUGCUAUUUUCUAAUGUGCAGUUUGUACUCCACUUUAUCUGUAUGUCAAGAUAGAGGGAUUUUCAGCCUAAUGACAGCUAUCUUUUGUACUUGCUUUUAGAACUUGGUUAUGAUGAAAACCUUUUCCCGCUAUUAAUUCCCCCACCCCACAAACUGUAUAUGCUGCAAAUAGCUGUAAUAGUUUAAUAGUUACCAUCCACGUUUGAUUUAAACUUCUGGAAAGUCAUCAAAUCAUGCCGCAAUUAGUCUCAUCUGUUGAAGAAAUGUUUCUUUUUACAAAGUUUGUUCCAAAGACUAUAUAUUUAGAUAUUAAAUCUGCUACCGUUCUUGUCCUUUUGCAAAAUAUUGACUCUCAUUGGAGUAAAUUCUGUGCAGGUAGUCCUUUUUAGCAACCAUAAUUGGGGCCAGCAACUUGGUCAUUAAGCAAAAUGGUCUCUAAGUGAAACAUGAUUUUAUUAUCUUCAGCUUUCCUUUGCUUCACAGACCUAUGAAGCUCUUAAAUGGGAGGACUGGUCACAAAAUUACUUUUUCAUUACCAUAGUAAUUGUGAACAGUCACUAAGCAGGACAGUUGCUAAAGGUGGACUACCUGUAGAGAAGCCUGCUGCUUAUAUUUGCAAUAUCGUUUGGUAGAAAUCAUGAAUUUGCUUGGUCUUUUGAACCUAGAAGGGUUAUAUGUACAUAGUAUUGGCUUUCCAUCCCAAACAAAUUAUUUAUGGAGGUAUGAUUAUGACCAUAGUAUUGGAGCUUGUGGUCACAGCUAGUCUGAUUUGUCAUGUAGGGGAACACUUGAAGGAAUUUGAAUGCAAAGUAAAAAUGGAAAACUAAAUCUUAAGUGUUUGUGGGUUAUCACAGCAGAUCGCACUUUCCUGGCACAAUGGAAUAGAUUGGAAAACAUUUGAAAAAGGAAAAAAUUUCAGUAUCAACCUUUUUUUUUAAUGUUUCUGUGAUCUUCCAAAUGCUGUUCUUUAUCAGUUUUCUCAUACGUUGGUUUUAAUACUAUUUAUUGUGUGCCUUUUUUUAUAUUCCCUGUAAUGUAAUGUAUUUUGACUAUUCCCAAGGUUUUCCUUUUUGUUAGCUUCUGUGGAUUUCUGUAAAAUAAGACUAAAGCACUUAUUGAGAGACGUCCCUGCCACCUCUCCAUAAUGUUGUCCAGUUUUAUUAGAUUUUUAUUUGUUUUUAAUGUCUUGGCCAUGGGUCCCAGCAAAAAAAAAUUCCAAUCUGUUUUUUAUGAACAGAUGGGCCAUCAACACUAAAAGUGUAGUCAUAAGAAAAAGUCUUCUAUUUUCAGGUGUGUUGGGUUUGCAGCUUCCAACACAACUUGUUUCAUUAGGUUGCGCUUUUAUAAUGCGUGAAAAGAACAAUGAUCAACCUUUGUGCAGUGGACCCCAAAACAAAUAAUUUCCCUGAGUAGUUGCAUUUUUAGAUUAAUAUUUAUUAUGGUAUUUCAGCCAGAAUAAUAGUAACUCAAUUAUUUUCAGUUUUAGGGUGCCUCCUCCGUUAUACUAUGUCUCUGAUCUGCACUGGCUCUACGGGGAAUGAUACUUCGCUUUAGAAUGUUCAGCAUAUGUCAUCUAUUUGAUGUCAAUGACUUUUACAACACAACCAUAUUAAAAUAUUCUGAUGAUCCUGAAUGAAAAUAAGGCAUAGUGAUGAGCUAAAGAAAUACUUUCAAGAUGCUGGGCUUUAAAUGCGUGCGUCUAUUAUUCCCAGACUUCCUGGUCAGCCAGAAAGAAUUUUGGGAAAUUUUAUUUCCACACAGGUGGUCCUCAUUUAUCAACUGCCUUGUUCACAGUUACAACAUUGAUGAAAAGGUAACUUUGCAACCAAUUCUCACAUUUAAAACCUUUGCAAGUCUUUAAAACAAAGGAAAGAUGAAAUAAGAUCAUAAGCAUAGUCACCAGUUUUACUAAACAAGUGCUUUACUUAAUGAUGGAAUUACUAUUCCCAGUUGUGAUUGCUAAAUGAGAACAAACUGUGUUUGAAAUAUCCAGAGUCUAGAUCGGGGUGUCAUGAAGUUGUCACGUGACUUAUCACAACUUUUUACCCCUUUGAUAAACCGGACAUGGCCAUGGCCAGCGCAUGACACAUGGUUUGUCUAAAAACAGCUAAUAUCUUUGGAAUAGCAACUUGCUUUAAAACCAGAAAGUCAGGCAUAUAUUCCUGGAAGCAGGUUCCAUAAAUUCUUCAGUGUUGCCUCGCUUUAGCUACCUGUUUCCCCAAAAAUAACACCCAACCAGAAAAUAAGCCCUAGCAUGAUUUUUCAGGAUGCUUGUAAUAUAAGCCCUACCCCCAGAAUAAGCCCCAGUUAAGAUUGUCAGCCAGAUGGAUGCAUUUAGUACCGUAUAUCCCCCAAAAUAAGACCUAACCAGAAAACAAGCCCUAAUACGUCUUUUGGAGCAAAAAAUUAAUAUGAGACCCCAUCUUGUUUUCGGGGAAACACGGUAUUUUUGCAAAAGCUGGUCUAUAUAUGCUGAACAUUUUUUUUUAUUAAUUAGUAUGGUCUUCCUUUCAUUGCCCCCAGAAUGAAAAAGCUAGUUUUCUUAAAGAAUGCACCCUCUUAUAAAAGGCAAAAUAAAAAGCAUAAUUGUCCAUACUCGUAAUGCUUUUUUGAUUUGAUAUAACUGGCUUUCUAUGUUUCCUUUUCUAAUAUUCUUUUUUUUUUCAGUGUUCUUUUCCAGUGUUUUUCAAAUUGAAAGUUGAUUGUUUUUCUUGAAUAGAGUUUUUCUUCUUGUUGGACCCAUUUCUAAAAAGUUGCAUAAGAUCCAAAAUGUGGAAAGAAUUAACUAUGAUUAAAUUUUUAGGUUUUGUUUUUUUUUAAAUAGCAAGAUGAAAAAUAAAAAUUGCUUUUUUCUAGGAUUGUUUUAGUUUUCUAGUCUAGCCUUCAAAUUUAGUCUUUCCAAAUAUUAGUCUAAAUUUAAAUUUAAUCAUCCUACGUUGACUAGGCACAAUGACAACAUUGGAAACCAUUUUUAUAUAACAAAACAGAUGGAAACCUAGCACCUCAUUAUAAUUUCUAAUCUUAUUACAACAUAUAGGUUCAGGUUGUUUUUAAGUAAGAUUAUAUGGAAAAAUCCACAUUGCCGAGGGAUGUGGCUGUGCUUGGUUGCCAUUGGACAAACUCUUAACCAUCGAUAGAGUCUUAAUAUGGAUCAGUGGCUGUGUUUUUUCCAGUAAUACUCCUGCAACUUAAAGGAGCUGAAGUCAGUGCUCCAAUCAGGAACUGAGCCUUCUUCCCAGUUUUUCUGUUGUUCUGGCUGAUAGCUACAAAUUUAUUAGCCUCAGCCUGAUCUUGAGGCUCCAUGAAAGUCAACUGCCCUGCUGAUACAUAUAGUCUUCAACUUACAACUGUUUGUUUAAUAAGCAUAUGAACUUACAGUGGUACUGAAAAAAGUGCCUUAUAACCAGUCCUCAUACUUACUGGUGUGCCAGCCCCAAGGUCACAUGAUCAGAAUUCAGGCACUUGGCAUGUGGCAUGUACUUACGAUGGUUGCAACAUUGCAGGGUCAUGUGAUUGCCAUUUGAGACCUUCCCAAUCAGCUUUCGACAAGCAAACAGUGGAAAAACUGAGACAACUGUAGUGAUUUGCUUAACAACCAUGGAAAAAAGGUAAAAUUGGGCGUGAUUCAUUUAACAACUGCCUCGCUUAGCAAUGAAAGUUCUAGUCCACAUUGUGGGCAUUAAUCAAGGGCUAUCUGUAUAAGGCAGGAAUGAAUCCCAGAUAGUGAGAUACUACAGCAGCACUAUAGCCUUUCCAGUAGUGUUCUUCUCAGUUUUAUCCCAACCCAUCCCUAAAUAUAGCUAAUAUUUUGUAACUAUCUGUAAAUUGCUGAAUAAAUCAAAUUAUAAAUAUUGUUGGAACUAAGAGGGCUAGGUAAGUUGUUUGUAAUAUGACUUUACACUGCAGUGCUGCUGACUGCCUGUUCAAAGUUAACAAGAUUGAAGGAGGAAAAAAGUUUGACAUGAUCUCUUUUUUAAUAACCAUAAAAGGUAUAAACCAAAAGAGGGCUUUUUUGUUUUGUUUUAACCUCCUGUCUUUGUGCAGCCAUUGUAAAAGGACACAAAGCUGACAGGUUUUUAUAAAUAGAAGUGUGGAAUAUCUGCAGUCCUAAGAGGAAAGGGUAUAGCUGCGUUUACUUCUAUUGUCGCCUAUGUCUUUGGCUUUCUUAAAUAAUAAACCAAGUUUAUGCUGCUGUACUUUUCCACAAGAGCUGCUUGUCCCUCAGAAUCUGAAGUGGCAGGUUUCUAAGAAAUAAACACUCCCCAUUCAACUUGGAUAGAGCAAUCAGCAGCUUUUUCUAAUUUUUUAAUUUGGGCAUAUCAUCUUCACCCUAUUUAACGCUUAAACCCAGCCAUUUAUUCUUUAGUUUCACACCAGACCAGCACAUGAGCAAAACCGCAUUUCUAGACAUGGAGCAAAGAUAUUUAUGUAUCAUAAAUGCCACAGAUUCUAUUUUGCAUCUGCUUGGUUGCCAUCUUCAAGUCUCUGGGAGAUUUCUGCAAGAAGGAUCAGGAGAGCUCAAGGCCCCUACUAAAUUUCUAUUGCCUGGUCCAGAAGCAUCCUCAGAAGGUUGGCGUUUAAAAAGAAAAGUCAUAAUGGCUGCCAAAAGCAUAAAAUUGAAGCUCUGCCCCUUUGUGUACAAGUCAGAAACACAAAGCAUAUUAAAAAGAGGCAGAGCUUCAAUCACACAACCAUCAACAGCAGUUUUGGGACUCCACUCCCCACUUCCUUCAAAUACUGAUGAGAUUACCUAAUUGGGUAAUGAAAUGUCUGCAAGAAAACCAAGCUCAGAAAGCAUCAAGUUUGCAGAUUCUUGUCCUGCUCUUAAGAGUUACAGAAAGAACAUGUAUAUCUUCUAGUCGAUGUGUCCUUCCCCUACCCUCAAAUCAAGCCUUAUAUUUAGUUAAAUAUUAGGGGAUCAAUUCCUACACCCCUUUUCUCCCUACUUUCUAAUACUGUGUGAAAGAAUGCCGGAAAAGCAGACACUGAACAUUGGGCCCUAAGCAAAGUAACGCUUACCUCAUGUUAUGUUAUCUCUCUUAAAAGACCUGAGUGAAGUGUGUUAAAUCUGUAAAGAGUGAAGUGGAAAGAUUCAUACCCCUCUUGCCUUCUAGUUGUGAUUCUAUGUCAACUUAACCCAUUUUUGUAACCCAAUUAUAAAACAAUUGUAAUUUCAAAAAUUUUACAUCAGUUAAUGCUGUUUUAGCAUGUAAACAGAUAUUUAGCUUUAUUUUCCAAUCGAAGGUUUCUCUUGACCAUGAACAACAUGCUGGGAGAAAAAGAUCUGAAUCCAGAAUAUAAAAAUACUUAAUCCAUUUACUGUCUCCAUAUUUAACCAUUUUUUCCUGUCACAAUGAAAAUUGCAAGUUGAUAGGAAUCAAAGUUAUGCACUUCUGAAACAGGAGAAUCUGUAAUUCCUAAAACUGAAAACAUUCCAUUGCAUUGUUUAAAUUCAUGUACAAUUUCCUAUUGUAAUAUUUCAGAUUCAAAAGAAGCCAUAUGUGAGAAAGUUUAUUUGCUAUAUAUUUGAUAUAUGGUUCAGAAUGCCAGGUUGUAAAUUCAAGGCUUACAUUAGCUUUCACAACCUUGCGCCCUCAAGGUGGAUUGGAUUUCAGUUUCCUGGUUUCUUAGCCAAAACAUUUGGAAGGGAUCCCAUAAUGAGGAAGCCUCGUUUAGGGUUUUAUUUUCCUUUCUGUCAUGGGCAUCACUGACCAAUCAAAUAAUCAGCCUAUUUUAUUCAAAUAUUUCGAUCUAUAAAUAUUUCUGUCUUUCCAUUCUACCUCCCUACCUCUCUGGCAUUUAGUGCAGACAUCAUGCAAUUAUUGUACCAUGACAAUAUAAAGAUUUUUAUUUCAAUUAUUAUAGUAACUAUCUUUUAAAAACCAUGACUACAUUACCUUUAUGAAUGUGUACAUGGCAUUUUAUAUUAAUUUUAGUCAUGAUUUAUAUAAAUGGCAUGCACAUUUAUCUUUAUGAAUGUAUAUACUACUGAUAGAUCCAGUUUGGUAUUAAACAUCAGGCUAGAAGCCAGGAAACCAUGAGUUGUCCUGCCAUAGACACAAAUCCAGCUGGGUGAUCUUGGGCCAGUCAUUCUCUCAGCCCUAAGAAGGAGUGGCAAGCUAGCUUUGAAAAAUCUUGCCAUGAAACUGCAAGGUCCAGGUAGUCUCCAAAAAUCAGACACAAUUGAAUGGAAGAAAAAAGGGAUAUUUUCAAGAUUUUUAGCAAACUUAAUUUCACAUCAAAAUUUGAUAUAAAUGAAUAUUGCUUUCUUUUUUAUGUACAGAUUUAUGAAAAUAUAGGUAAACAAAUAUACAUAGAGCAGCCUUUGUAUGUUCAUUUUAUUCUCAUUAUGCACUUUUAAGAUAUAAAGUAUUUGACAAAAUAUAUAGCAGCUGUGAUUGUGAAUUGUUAUCUACAAUGUUUGAAACUGCUUUGAACAUGCUGCAUUGAGCAUAAAAUCCCAAACACACAUUCUGGAUCACUUUUUGCAUGCAUUGCCUGAAUGCCUUUUAAAAAAUGCAUUCAGGCGAUUCAGCAAGGGCCAAUGAAGACAGCAUAGUAAUGGAGCUUCCAGAGGCAUGGCAAAUACAAAAGCACAUCCCAUAACAGGAACUGUUCAAUAGACUGAUUCUUUGAAAUCUCUCCAUAUAGGAAGAGUGGAAGGUCACCCACAUGUGCUCCAGAUAGCUACAUCUCACAAGCAGGCAGCAGGAUUGCAGUUUUCUAUGGGUUUGAAGUCUUGAGAAUUGAUGAAAUCAAACUAAGUUGAAUUAUACAAACCUUACUUUCUAAUCACUUUUGGAAAUUACUCAUUAACUACUUCUAAGCUAUUGAAAAUCUUUAAAUAGACAAGCCUGAAAAUGCUGGUUGAGUCUCCCUGAAUUCUGAAUGAAAGAAAAAUUUAAUCAUAAACUUAAGAAAUUAAAGAAUCUGAAAUAGGCAAAUGCUUACAUUGAUUCUGCAUUAUCACAGUGAUUUUGACUGUUUCAGACAUGUUCCCCGCCCCCCAUGUAAGGCAGUCUUAUUCUCUUUGUAGCUUGCUUUGGUUGUACUGUAAUGGGUUGAGUGGCCAAGCACUUUUUUAUAAAUUUGUGUAGUAUCCAUUUUAUUAAAGGAUGUAUAGGCAAUCUGCUUCCUUUUUCUGGUGGUCUAGGUUGCUGCAGUGCAUUUUUAGUGAAUAAUGAAUAAUGUUUUAGACAGCUUUUGAAGGAAGUUAGAUUGUUACCAAAAGCUAGUGUGGUGGUUUUUCAGUAGACUUGCAUUUAUAAUUUGCCAACAUUUCUUCUGCUGAUGAGGAUAUUCAGGUAGGGUAGUGUGUUGUUCUUGUGAAUUUUAUUCCUUUGAAGAUGUGGAUUUUUUUCACAUUUCUUUUCUAGUUGUUCCUUUUUUAUUAAAAUGAAGAGGUCGUCACAUAUUGGAUCCAUAUUUUCUAGUGCUAUUGUUCUAGAUGCUGCAUUAUGGUGCACUAUGAGUUUUGAGAGUGGUGAUCUCAUGGAUGUUCCUCUAAUUUAUUGCUACAUUUGUCUAUCAAAUAGAAAAUAGGUAGUGAGGCAGAGGUUGACGAGAUCUACAAUUCUGGCUGUUUCAAUUCUAGUGUAUUUGAUUAGUUGAAUGUCUUGUUAGUUACUGCUUUUAUGUUUGCUUUUUACUAGUUCCUGAUCUAUAGAAGAGUACAUUCCAAUCAUCUUCAUUUCUUUGCACUUUGAUUUUCUGCAAACACUGUAGUUGAUAGAAUAUUAAUUCUCCUUUGUGAGCUGUCCAAGUUUUUUUUUUGUAAAUUCUUUCACUUUGUUGAAUUUUGGGUAACAAUACAACUGGACAAAUAAUAGACUGGGCUUGUGAAUUUUGGGGUAUCUAUAGAAGCGUGAGAAGAUGGUCUUUUCAUUCGCCUCUGUUCUUUAGUGAUUUGAUCUUUCUUAGUUAGGUUGUUGAGCAUAUUGUCUAGUUUUUGGAUUGGGUUAUUGGGAUGUUUGUUUUCUAAUUCUUUGGGAUUUUGUUUGUAUGUAUUAUAUUCUGUUUAUGUUAACUGUUGUUCGACCUUUGUUGGAAGGUUGGUGAUGGUUUGGUCCUUCUUUAGGUUUUUGAGGGCUGCUUUCCUUUACUUGAAUGUGUUCUGAUUCUGUGUUCAUCUGGUCUCUGGUAUGAUUGUUUGCCUCCUUUGGUCUCUGAGGCAAGAAGUUCUGUGAUUUUAAAUGCUGCUUCUAAUGCUGAAAAAAUUGUGAUUGAUUAGUGUCAUGUGUAUUGAGGCCUUUUUGGAGCAUAUUGUGAUUUAUAGUGGAUAGUGAGCUGUUGGACGUAUUGACUAUCGAUUUGGGUUCAUGUUAUCUCUUUGCUUCUGGAGUUUAGCUUCAGUAGUUUGGUUUGGAAUUUUUUUCAGCUUGUCUUAGAAAUGUAAUCUUGAUGAUGAUUGUCAGCAUUUUUGUAUUUACUGGUGUUAACAGUUUGUUCCAGUCGCUCCUUGAGGUUGUUUAUGGUGUACCAGAUAGCAUCAUCGUGAAACACAAACCAAACAACUACUGUAAUUUAAGAACUAAAAACAGGAGUCAUCUACAAUAUAGAACAGACACACACAAAACUACAGAGUGCAUCCAUAGACACCCAACAGCAGUCAGAAGGCACAAUGAAAACUCCUUAAUUCACAACACUUGGACAGACUCAAGUAUAAAAUUGGGAAAUUGAGACCAUUCUAGUCCAAGCUGGAUCCAAAAAUGAUAGGGAAUUUCUGGAAGCAUUCAGACAAGUCAGCCAUCAAUGGACACAUAGAGAUAAACCAAGUUUUUAAAAGAGUAUAAAAAAUUUAAGAAGGAAACAAAAAGACCAGAAUACACUCUCUCUAAUAGCCUGCACCCAGAUAGGCAAGAAUUAGCACCAAACAAUCAAGAUACUAUCAAGGAGAAAACCAUACCCCCAAUACAGGCAAGGCAAAUUACUUUAUAUAAAUAGGGAGCAAACUCUUCACAUACUGGUACUGGGUAGUGAAAGGUAUGCAAGCAAAGAACCAAGCUCAGAGAGUACUAAGGAGUCCUCUGUGCAAUCCUGAGGUACAGAGAUUGUCUUUUAUUGUCUUUACCAUCUUGAAAAUACAGAAAUGAAGACAUUGUAUUUCCUAGUGUUUCCUGUAUGGCAAGUUUAUUGUGUUCUUUCAGUUUUUUCAAUAACUGUAAUAAUUAAAUAUUGAUUUAAUCUAAAUACUUGGUCUAAAACCAGAGGUGGAUACAGUUUUCCCAGCAUUGCCUUGGUGUAGAGAUGUCUCUUGUUUCUGCUGCUUCUAGCUCACCAAAUAAACUGGAAAGAU